GUCCGAAUGUGCCCGACGAAAAUAUUACUGUGCGAUUUCGGGUUGUCUUUACCAAGAAUUAGCAACUGCUGCCGAUUUUAUAAUAAUUUAUAAGAUUACUUUGUUUAUUUUUGUGUUUGAAGUGUUUCAAGAGAGUGAUACAAUCGCCAACUACCUCGAAAUUUGAAGUAACUUAUUUUCAAGGGAUUUUCUUGUAAUGUCAUAAUAUUUUUUUGAAGAAAAGACGGUUAAACUGGUGUCUUAUCCGUCAAUAUGGCGGACACAUUUCUUACACAUAUAGAUUUAAGAGAGUUCUGCAAGCAUUUUUACCACAGGGGCAACUGUCCGAAAGGUGACUCUUGCAAAUACUCGCAUAAACUGAAGUCAGAAAUUGAAAUGCGUGGCGAGUUGGCCGACUGUAUUGUAGGCAAACUAAGGCCGCCGAAAGUUUGCCGGUACUAUCGUCGUGGCAACUGCAUCCACCAGCAAAAUUGCCUAUUCCGUCAUGACAAUGACGUUAUUGCCACCAAUCUUAUCAACGCUAAUAAUAACCAAUCUUCAAGCACAAACUUGCCAUCUACCUCCAGCCAAUCAAAUAAUAAUAAAUACCCAGAAAAGAAGCAACCGUCAAAUGAUGCCGAAAAGGCAUUAAUCGACUCGGUGAUCGAGGCUCAACAAAAUAUUGAUACUAGAAGAAAACAGAGCUCGUCGACUGACUCGGAGAGUCCGAAGUCCGACAAAAACGAAUCGUCGGCAUCCAACGAAGAGUCUGAGGGCGCGUGCGCGUCCCCCCCGCUGAAACCGCCCCCCACCCCGCCGAACUUGUCGUGGGCGAACGCGCCGGAGUUCGUGCCGCGCGUGCGCAGCUACGCGCAGGCGCUGCACCCGAACGCGGGCGCGCAGAAGAUGGACAAGGCGAACUGCGCGGGCGGAAACCCGGCCAAAUUGUGCCCCUACGUCAACAAAGACGGCGUCUGCAGGAACCUAACCUCGAAUUGCGCUUACCUGCACGGCGAGAUGUGCGACAUGUGCGAGAGAUUGGUGCUGCAUCCGUACAACGAGGAGUUGAGGAAAAAACAUCGCCAAGAGUGUAUACAGCAGCACGAGAAGAAUAUGGAGCUGUCGUUCGCGAUUGCGCGCUCGAAAGAAAAAUCCUGCGGCGUGUGCUUCGAAGUGAUAAUGGAAAAGGCCACGGGAGAGCAGAGAUUCGGCAUUUUGCCCAACUGCAAUCAUUGCUUCUGCCUAACAUGCAUCCGGAAGUGGCGACAGGCUCGCCAAUUCGAAAACAAAAUUAUCAGGGCCUGCCCGGAGUGCAGAGUAACUUCGGAUUUCGUAUGCCCGAGCAUGUACUGGGUGGACACAAAAGAGGAUAAGGAGAAGUUGAUAGACGACUACAAAAAGGCUUUAUCGAAAAAAGACUGUAAAUAUUUCAAGAGGGGCCAAGGAAAAUGCCCGUUCGGCAACAAAUGCUUUUAUUUGCACGCCUUUCCCGACGGCAGCAAAUGCGACGUCGGACCGCCGCCGCGUCAACGUCGUUUUCACGGAUUCGACACUUCAGACAUCGAAGUUCUGCAGCAGGUAAUGCUAUGGGAAAUCCUAGAUGAAAGUGAAUUUCCUUGGACAUCUCUCGAUGAUAUAGAAGAUUUGGUGUCUUUUUUUACAGAUUCGGAUGAAUCCGACUGGUCGGACUACGAUUUAUUUUUCGAUUAGUUAUCGUAUUAUUAGUAUUCAUCAUUCAAGGAAUUUGUUAUUAUUAUUGUAAUCACUCUUCGAUUAUAUUAUUUUUUUAUAUUCAACAAAAAUCUACUUUUUUGGUAAAAUUUGUGUAGAAUAUGAAUGUAAAUACCUACUGUUAUGUAAUAAUGUUAUUCUUUUAUUUCAUGGCAAUAACUUGAUUGUUGUUGCUUCAAAAAUAUGUAAAAAUAAUAGAAGAAAAAAAAGUAAAGAGAUGCAGGCUGUUUUCUUUUAAAAAAAAUCGUAAAACUUUCAGAAUCAAGUGAAAAUGUAAUAGAUUCUGGUGUCAUUGGUACUAUUUUAUAAAAUACACUACACACAUGCCUUUUAAAACUACUGGAUGACAUUUUAAGAAUGUCACCCUUUAUACAAUAUUUCUUUCUAUACUGCUUCCCUGUAAGUCAUUUAAUAUUAGUGUGAUCACAUAUACUGUCUAAAUUUUUGCUAGACACGAAUAUUAUCUAUAUAAUUUGCUUAUUUGUAAAUUUUAACCCCUCAACAAUUUAUCACUGCAAAAUUUUCCUUUUUCUUUCUUUACUUUAUAGUAGUAGUAGUACAUGUUUGUGUUGUGUCACUAAUACAAUUGAAAGACCCCAACCCCGUUAUUAACCCUCCAAACGAAUUCCAUUUGGAUUCAAGCAGCAACGAUUCAGAUUUCGUUAAAUGCUCUUUGACUAACCCAACACACAAAAAGAACGGAACAUUAAAGGAAAUCUGAUCAGACAUCAGUGCCUGUAUUCAAAUGGAACUCGCGAUAUUUUUUUAUUAUAACAGCUUUUCAGCCAGUAUGUAAUUAUGCAAGCGUGUUUUAAUGUUUCUUGAUUGGUUGACUGAACCCCCACCCCCCAAAAUGCUUCACCCCAAAAAACGCUACCCGAAAACCAUUAUUAAUUCUCUUUAUUUAGGUCACUGCAGCUAUGGCAACGGAAAGAUCCGAAUGGGUCCGAAACACAAAUUUGAACGAUGUUAUGCACUAUAUAACGAAUACGUUGCGCACAUUUUUGUUCUAAAUUGCUAUAUCCUCAUUUGCAGUGAUAUUUUAGUUGAAGGUGCUCACCAGUUUAAAAUUUCUAUUUUGUAUUUAUUGUCAUGGCCAGUUUAUAUGUUUUUCGUAAUGUUUUGUUUGUUAGGUCAACCAAACACUAUUAGGCGUGCGCAAUCCCUUUAUAAAUUUCAUUGCGCACGAGCACUGUAAUGAGACUCGAUCAAAAUGUUUAGUGGAUUAUAUGUAGUUAUAUAUGUACGGUGGUCAAACACAAAUGAAUAUCUUCCUCCCCAUUGAUCAAGGGAUUGAUGAUUUAUAUUGGACUUGCAAUUAAUCUAAGUCAUAAAAGUUGGAUUAAUAAAAAGUAUGAUCCCUUGAUUAAAUUUUUUAUAUAUGCGAUCUGCGCUAUAAACCACUUCACUUAUACGUAGUGUUACUUCAUUUGUGAAAAUGUGAAACAAUACAAACUACAUUUGUCUGAUUUACCAGUGUGAUGUCGCUUUAAAAUGUUGACAGGGCUAGGAUUUAAAUGUUUUUUGUGUCAUUGGGCAGUUAGUGACAGUGUUAGCUCUAGCUUGUCUGUCUAUCUACCAAUUAUGUAAUAAUGAUGUUUAAAAAAUGUAGUGUUUGGCAAAGGAGACCAGAAAAGCAGGGGGUUAAUUGGGGUUGCAGUAGUACAGCCAUGUCAAAAAGAUCUGUGAUUGUUAGCGUUAGUAUUUUAGUUACAUCUUCGUUAUAACUUUGCUAUGUUAAAUUUACGAAUUAUUUUACCAGUUAAUUGUUACAUCAUAUAGAUAAUGGUAAUAAACAAAUUCAUUGUAGCAAUAUUGUCAAGAAAAUUGUCCGUCUUGGUUUUCAAUAGUAGAUACUGAAUGUAUCUGAAAUGGGUUAGUUUAUCUUUAUUAUUAUGUAUUUAUUAGUCAUUAUUUUUAGCUGAUAAAAGGCUUGUUUGUAAUUUGUGCCUAAAUAGUUUAUUGUUUUGGGAUGAAGGAAUGUCGUAAUCAAUGGGGAUUAUCACUUAUUACUUGCAGCAGCAGAAGCUACUAAUUUUACGUUUUUAAUGGGUAUUAUAUAUUGUUAGUUUAGAUAUUAAAAAACAAAGGGUUUUGUCAGUGUGAAUCCUUAGUAAACUAACUGCCUAUUACAAAAUUAUACUACCCUCUAUGCUAUGAAUAUUAUUACUUUCUUAGUGCUAUUUGCUGUUCUAUGUUGAGUGUCACUUUUAAUAUUUUAUUAUGUAUUUAACAAACCCAGAUGUAUCCUAAAUUUAGGCUAAAAAUUUAUGACUGUAAACUUUUAAAUAUCCAUUGUUUUCAUUUUUUAUUCUGUACUUACUUACAUAAAUAAA